AUGGAUGCGCAGCCCUGGGCUCAAGGUGCCGCAUCUGUUCGCCGGCGAUCGAUCCCGACACCCCACACCAGCCCGCCAGCCCCCCGGCUGCAGGAGCGACCAAUCGGUGAGCAUGCCGUUGAUCUGGACACCGCCCUCAGCUACUUGCCGGGAACGUGUUCCAGAGGAGGGCGAAGAAUACAACAUCCUACUGAGCUAGAAUUGUUGGAAGCGAAAGAGCGAAACCUAGUUGCUGGAUUCUCUUUAACAUAUGUGCAUUGCAACUUUUUGGUGAAAGGCUUAGAUGGCACCCCUACUUUGUUCUUCGCCGAGAUGUAUCCUUGUUGCACACGUGAAGAGGAUGUUAUUCUCUGCACUCCUUUGAAAGAAAAUGACUCUGGUCAUUGUUUUGGAUGCAAUUAUCGAGAAAAGACGCAUCCAACAAGUGUUGGCUGCCCUGGUGGACAUGAGGAUGUGAUUUUUCCUUAUGGGGAGCUGGAUAGUGAUCAUGAUACUUUCUGACAAGUUCUGUUGAGGAGUACUUUUCUAGCAAUAGGUGUUGUGCCAAGCAGACAUCGGAGUAUUCAAAUCUUUAAUGCUCCCUCCUAUCCAUAUUACUUGUCGCAGUUUUUUUUCUAGAUAUAUGUUUAUCUAGACGCGUUUCAUUGUGUAGGUUACAUGUGUAUAUAGAUAAAACUGCAACAAGUGAUAUGGAUCGGAGGAAGUAUUAUAUAAUUAGAAGCUUGCGACCUUUUUAUUUGGAUAAUUUGUUAUAAUAUUGUAACUGAACGAGUGGAGCGAUGAUGUAUAAUUAGAAGGGUUAAUUUGAUAUAUGCUGUUGCAAUUUUGCUGAA